CGUUCCCGCUGACGGUCUGACAAGAUGGCUUGAUGUCGUCGUCGUCGAUGUCGUCGUAGUCGUGUUGAAGGUGUUGAGAGGGUAGUUUGGGUGUAGAGAGAUCGCUUCGUCGCUCGGGGAAAGAAUAGAAGAGAAGCCAAAAAACGCGAAAGAACGUAAACAGGCGGUGCGACUCGCGGACCUGUACGCAGAGUCGACGAGAAGAGAAAAGUGUGUGCAACGAGGAAGAGGAAAAGGAGAAGAAGCAUACAAACGUAAAGGAAUACACAGAAGGAUAGGAAGGCAAAACAAGAGCAACGAUCAGAUGAUUCCUUUCGUUUUAUGCAAAGUGCUUCAAGCUGCAACACAAUUCACUUCAAAGUAGUGGUGAUGAUGAUGAUGAUGAGAUGAUAAUGAUGGUGCAAUGUUCAUUAUGAAGAAGUUUGCGGAAAAGGUGCAAUGAGUGUGUAAAGGGAAAGCACGACACGACACGCAAAGGGAAUACAGCAACAAAACGAAGAAUCUUAAAAGUGUUGAAGCGUCCAGAGAGAUCGUUGAUCGUGUGUCCAAAGAGAGCGCAAGAGCGAACCUUACCGAAGUCGUGUGACCAGCGACGACCACGGGGUCCUCCUGUUUGGUGGCCAAGCUGGCGAAGACCGGAGCAAGCAGCCGGAGCAGGUCUAACCGUAGACCGGCAGCAAAACGACAACGAUCGCGCAACAACAACAACAACAACAGCAACACUGGUGAUCUCCCGUAACGUGCGUGAGUGUGCGCGAUUUUGUGUACACGCUCACACACAGCAGGAGGAAAGAAAUUCAGGCCACCGGGCUAUGGAUCCAAUAUUCUUCUCUCCGCCUAAUGGAGUCCCGUCGGAAAGCAAACUGGCAACCUAUAUGAGUCGACAGAACGUUUCGACACCAACGUAUGGGUUGUCCUCGGGCCUCAGCAAACUCAACCUAGACUCUCCGAUAUCGAUUAAGAAAUCACAGGUGACCCCACAGUCGCCAGAAUUCAUUCCAACCAACCGUCUGAACACAUCAUCAUCACCCAACUUUUACUCGUCGUACUCGAUACUCGGCAGCAACGGCACCACCGGCGGACCAGUGGCAGGUGGUGUCGGCGCCAGCAGUGUGAUAGCGGCGGCAGCGGCCAGUAAUGGUGCCACGGUGGUCGUUGCCGGAACCGGUUCCGGUGCCGCCGCCCUGCUCGGUCAGUCCCCGUCGGCGCAGCAACUUUCAUCGGUGGCGACGGCGAUCGUGCCCACGGGCGUAGGGGGAGGUGGGGGCGGAGGAGGAGGAGGAGGCGGAGGCGGAGGUGGAAUCGGUGGGGGCAGUUCCGGUGGGGCCAAAUCCCAGGCCAGCAGCUACGGGAGCAGUAUCCUGGGCAGUUCGCUCAGCAACAGCUCAACCUACGCCGUGACGCCCAUCAAGGGUCGGAGUUUACUACGUAACGAAUCACCCCAGAGUACGAACACAUCUCCUCGAAUCACGCCUCAACCAUCACCACCACCAAUUACUACCAACAUUCAUCAGGAGAAUGUCGGCGGCACGACGUAUUUCUAUCCGACCGCAGCAAACCAUCAAUUAACACCGAGUAGUACAGUUAACACGACUGAUAAUACAUUUGUCCAUGUAGCAAGCUCACAAAUUAAUCUAAGUUAUUCUCAUCCAGGACAUGUCUACCCGGGACCUGCGUCGCACGUUAUCAACAUGCAACCGAAGGCACAAGUAUCGAUGGCGUACUUCGUACAGGACGAACUGAGAAACGAUAUUUUAUCUAGGAACGAAAUAGUCAAUAGUAUUGAAACCGAGUGUCAAGAUUUACCUCUAGAAGUGGAAAACUAUCAUUCGUUAUGUCUGUUAGAAUCUUUGCCAGUCCAUCCCAAGCUACCACUACCGUCGUCCACUUACAAAGCAACACACAAUCUAACUGGCGUGAAGUACUGCCUUAGACGUCUUCAUGGUUUCCGUCUCCAGUCGACCAAAUGCAUGCAGGUCGUCGACAUGUGGAAAAAGUUGCAACACACCAACGUAGUACAACUGCGAGAAGUUUUCACCACGAAAACCUUCGGUGAUAAUUCCCUGGUGAUAGUGUACGACUACCACCCCGGUUCCCAGACGAUACUCUCCAAGUUCUUCAUCCCCGCGGCAGAAUCCACGAACGGCUAUUCCGAUCCAUUCGCCGGAGAAGCGAGACCCUUCAGUCACAAAAGUUCCCUGCACCGAACUGCCGCCAGUGCUCUGCUGCCGGAGAACGAAAUCUGGUCAAUUAUCAUCCAGCUGACGGCCGGCCUGCGGUCGAUCCACCAGGCCGGUCUGGCCUGUCGGACACUGGACCCGACGAAGAUCAUCAUAACUGGCAAGCGGAUACGGUUCAGCUGUACGGCCAUUUCCGACAUUGCCACGUUUGACCCGAACCAACCGAACCCACUUUCCGUGGUGAACCACCACCAGCAGGACGAUCUGACGGCACUGGGCAAGCUGAUCCUGGCGUUGGCCUGCCGAAGUCUCCAGUCCGUGCAACGAGAUCAGAUCCAGAACAGUAUUGAGCUGAUAUCGCGCCACUAUUCGUCGGACUUGCGGAACAUUAUCCUGUACCUGCUGUCCAACAGCAACCGCCGCUCGGUGACGGAGAUUAUGCCGAUGAUCGGGGCCCGCUUCUACGUGCAGCUCGACGCCCUGCAAGCCCAAUGUGAUAUCCAGGAGGACGAGCUGGCGAAGGAGAUGGAGUGCGGCCGGCUGUACCGGCUGCUGGUGAAGCUCGGCACCGUCAACGAGCGACCGGAGCUCAACCUCGACGUCACGUGGUCGGAAACGGGCGACCGCUACAUGCUGAAGCUGUUCCGCGACUACCUCUUCCACACCGUCACCGAGGACGGGCGCCCCUGGCUGAACCAGUCCCACAUCGUGCAGUGUCUGAACAAGCUGGACGCGGGCACGCUGGAAAAGGUCCAGCUGAUGUCACGUGACGAACAAUCAGUAUUAGUCGUAACUUAUGCUGAACUAAAGCACUGUUUAGAGCAAGCAUUUUCCGAACUGGUUGCGGCCGCGACCAGCGUGUAAUCGUGAGAGAAAGAGGUCCACUUCGUGAGGCUCGAAGCACAGUGACUAACAACAGUUCCACGAUACAUUACCAACGGCAUCAGCGCAGCAGAAACACACACAAACACACGUACACACACACACACAGAUACACCCAAAACAUGCGAAACGACAGGUCAAACAGUGGAGAGAGAAAGUGAAAGAAUGCAGUGAUCCUAUUUGAUCUUAUUUUUUAUACACAUACACCUACAAAGAAGCAAAGAGGAUGAAGGAGAAAGAAGCAGAGAAACACAAAGUGGGAGAGAAAAAAUCACGUUGCAUAGCGAAACAAAGUGAGGGAGGAAAAAUGGGGGAAGGAAAAGUGCAUCAUUGUGAAAAGUCGAUAUUUACACGUAAUAUAUUAUAUAAAAAGAGAGAAAACAAAAACAAAAAAACUUUUCGAAAAAGUGCAAGUGUGGAGGAAGACGAUGAAAACAAAACAGAAACAUCAGCAAAGAUGAGCGGCUAUGGAACUCUACGAACGAAAUGUGAAUUGUACAGGUGCGUAAAAGUGAGAACAAAUUGUGAAUGGAUCUAUCUCUGUGUUUUUUUUCUGUUCUGUUAAUU